AGACAAGAUUUGAUAUCUUAUCAUAAUUUGAGUAGAGAAUAUCUUCUAAAUGCAUAAUGGAGUCAACGACAGUUAAAUGCCUUAAUUGUUUAAGACAAAUUGGCGAUUUCGAAUUUAUAAUUAGACAUUACCUUAUUGGCAUAACAGUAGGUAGAAUCAUCAUCAUCGUCAGCCUAUAAGUGCCCACUGCUGAGCAAAGACCUCUUCUCAUACGGAGAAGAUUAGAGCAUUAAUUACCACGCUUGCUCAAUGCGGGUUGGCGAUUUCAAAGUUAUAAUUAGCAAUUAUACGUCCAGGUUUCCUCACGAUGUUUACCUUCACCGUAUGUUAGUGAUGUCU